UCCCGCCGGGCCCAUCUCCGCCGAUAUAAGCGGCGGCGGGGCCGGUACCGCGCUCACUGCCCGCCCCCAGCCCGGGCGCAGUGGGGCCGCCUCCUCCUCUUCUUCAUCCUCAUCAUCCUCAACGCUGAGGCGGCGGAGCGCGGCUUCUCCCCGCCAAGGCCAUGGCCGAGCUCAAGUCGCUGGGCGGCGAGACGUACCUGGCGCUGGCCCCGGGCUAUGGGCCAUCGGCUUUCGCCUACGGGACCGUCCGCGGCGGUACCGAGGGUCCGCGGGGGACAUACCCGGGAGGCGGCGGGACGGACUUUCACCCCGGGGCGCUGGGCAAGUCGGCGGAGAGCAGCGGCGAGCAGAGCGGCGAUGAGGAGGACGGCUUCGAAGCCGGGGUGAAGGGCGGUGCGGGCUUCGAGCGGGAGGGCAAGCUGAAGGGGGGAGCCCUGGGCAAGAAGCCGAAGGAGCAGCGCUCGCUGCGGCUCAGCAUCAACGCGCGGGAGCGGCGGAGGAUGCACGACCUGAACGAUGCCCUGGACGGGCUGCGCUCCGUUAUCCCUUACGCCCACAGCCCCUCGGUGAGGAAACUCUCCAAAAUCGCCACCCUGCUCCUGGCCAAGAACUACAUCCUCAUGCAGGCGCAGGCUCUGGAGGAGAUGCGGCGGCUGGUGGCUUAUCUGAACCAGGGCCAGACGCUGAGCACUCCGCUGCCCGCCACCCUCAACCCCUUCGGACAGUCGGCCGUGUACCCGUUCGGCAGCGCAGCCUUGCCCGGCUGCCCCGAGAAAUGCACUGCCUUCACAGGAGCCACCUCCGCCCUCUGCAAACACUGUAAUGACAAGCCUUGACUUCUGGCUUCUUUUUGGUUUUUAUUCGUUUUUUUUUUUUUUUUUCUUUGCACUUUUCUUUCCACUACCAUCAGCCCUGGCUUCCUACCAUCAGUUAAGUCUGGGUUUUCUUUUUGUUUGCUUCUCUUAAAUACUCCCCUCCCUGCACCCCAUUUGGAAAUACUUGGCAGUUUGUGUGGACCCCAAAACUAUCCACUUUUCAACUUUCAGUUAACCCUCCCCACCCCAACAUGUAACUUCAUCUAUAGAGUUAUUUCCUUCCCGGCCGGUUAGUGAACUGUGAGCAUAAUGUUGUGUUUCUGCUUGCUCUCAUCUAUGAAGUUUUUGAGCAGUUUUUAAACUAAACUGUAGAAAAAGGGAGGGAGAGAGAUCUGGAGAUGGAAAUCUCAGUGAGUUUUCUUUGGCAUGAUCAACCUGUGUUAAAAAAUAGCUUAAAAGGAGGGGGGGGAAGCAAAAUCCAGCUGCAAAACUAUGCAAUGCUUCAGAAUCUUGGGGGGGUGUCCUGUGUAGCCUGCUGGGGUUGGACUGCAGCCGUGAAUCCCAAUGAAAAUGUCAUUCAGUCAGCUCAUGGGAGGGGGGAAGGUCAAGGCUCUUGAUAAAACAAUAGGCGCUUCAAAAUAAGAUGCGCUUUUUUCUUUUCUUAAAAAGAAAAAGGAAAAAAAAUAACCUCUUCUUGAACUGAGAGGAACCUGUGAUUGUAUGCUAAUGCUUGCUUUUUGCCUGUUUCUCAGCUUGGUUAAGUUUUCCAGAUGAUUUUUUCCAAAGUUGUUGCUCAUCAUGAUAAACAAAGCAAAAAAAAGUCACGUAACAUAUUUAUAUGUAUUUAUAAUAAAUAAAAGACAUGAAUAACAACUUUCUCUGUCCUACAUGUCUCUAAAAUGAGCUGGCAGUCAAAGCUAAAGCCCUGCUGAAGUAAAGUAAAGCAGGGAUGGCCACAGCCGUCCUCUGUGGAGGAGCAGCACUGUCAAGUUAGCUGAAUGAUGGGAAUACAUGGGGGAAAGCUUGUGGACCUUCGCUCCUUAUCAGCAGGGAUUUGGGUUUUUUCCUCCAGUUUCUCAUGGAUUGUGAACACGCACAGAAGUGUUGUUUCUGCCUGAUGUUUAGAGUUAAGUAGGCAGAGAUUUAGCUUGUGUAUUUUGACACUUGCUGGAGGAUGCUGUGCCCUGGAAGUGGUGUUUGAAAGGGGUUAUUGUGGCACCAAGUUUGGCUCUGAGGACACCCCUGUAAAACAUGGCAGGGAAGAAAAUCGCUUAAAGACUGCUUAUCCCUUUCACUUGGUUUUCUCUUAUAUCUACAGCUUGACCCUAGACCUGUGCAGGGUGGGGGGGCUGGACCACUUAGUAUCACGGCUCAACUAAUAAUCUCUUGCCAAGUAUUGACUGUGUAAGUAAAAGUUACAAAGUGAGUGCCUCGCUGGCAAAGUUUGUGAUGUUGCUCGUGUUGGUUCACUUUGGUUUAUGAUGUUUAAAGCUUUGGUGGCUUGCACGCUUCACUAGUCAUUAUAUAAUAAUAAUAAUAAUUGAGGCGCAUUCAGUGAUUUCUGUUCAGAUUGAAAUACCUACCCAAUGUCAGAGCAACUGCACAAACUGGUACAGCCGCAGCCUGAGGGGCCCGAGCUGUCCGUGCCCAUUUGUGUUAGGAGUGGGGUGUAACUAUUUAGGGUUAUUAAACCAAUUUCCAUGCCUGUCGCUAGUGUUAUGCUAAUUUGAAAAGGACUGCCAUCCCUCUAAAGCUGCUUGUCUGUGGCACUUGAUUUUAAUUAAUACAUUUCCAAAAGACUUUUUGUGUUUGGAAAACGAAGUGUGUGAUUAAGCCACAUUCAUAAAGACAUAUGCUUGAAACUGGUUCCUGCUCAUUUCCAUUUUUAUAUCUUUAUUUCUUCUGAUGAAGCGAAAGCCAACCAAAACCACUCCUGAAGCAAAAAUGACACAAAACUGCAAAUCAGCAAAGGUCAUUUAAAGUGUUGCAGCCUGAGCUGUUGCUAGAUAAUAUUUUGGGGAAAAAAAAAAAUCAGUUUAAAAUAGAAUUAUGAUUUAUAGGUAAAUGCUUAUUAUUUCUGGUUAAAAGUAUAGAAGAUUGAGCAGUUGGAAAUAUUUUAAUGGGGAUUAGUUAAACUCUUAAUUUUUCACCAAAACUAAAAUAGCUGCAGAAUUAAGUAUUUAACAGCUUGAUAUUAAAUGUGAGUUUGGUUUCGUUAAAGACUUACACUAACAAUAAUGGAAUUUAUAAUUGCUUCUUUCUCAAGUAAUUGUGGCAAAGAAAGUGGCUCACUAAUUUCAGAGUCUAAAAAAGUCUUCAUAGUCAUAGAGAGAAGCUAUUUUUGGAACAAUUGUUUUUAGUACAGUGAUUGUUUAAUUCUUUAUGUGAUUUAUGUAUCUACUUAGAACCCUAAAAAUCCACCUCAAAUAUUCAGAAGGCUGUUGGAGAGCCCACUUAGAAUCAAACAGUCUCAGGAGGCUAAACAUGUAAUCUCAAAUACAGAAGAUAAAACCUGCAUUAAAUAGAAUUUUGAUUGCAAAAAUACCCAAGCUUGAGUAUCUAAGUCCUGUAACAAAUCUAGGUAUUAAAAGCAGGAAUAUAGAACUUAUCAAAACAGUACUAGAGGAACUUGUAAAUUAUUAUUAAAAUCAGCCUUAAAGUACACAGGUUUUUAAUUCUAAAGUGAAAAGAAGUAGAAUCAUAACUUUUCCUGCAACAAACAAAUUAACGUGAAACUAAAACAAAGUUGCCUUCUCAGUUAAUCUGAAAAUUCAGUCCAGUGAGUUGCUUCUGGUCCCCAAGGCUUGUAGGAUUUUAACUGUUCUCAUAUGGACUUGAAACCCAUCCUGGGACCUUCGCAUUUCCCCUCACCCGGAGGCAGCUAUUCCAGUGUGAUUUACACUUUGUUCUGAGCUGCUGCUAAAACCACUGCCCAAUACCCCCGGAAAGGUGAUUUGUUGGCAGGGGAUAAACCAGUCUCUGAUUAUUGCAUUUGUGUGUGUGAAGCAUCGGUGCUCACCUUGCAAAUGUGCGUGGUUGUCCUGGGGAUCAGAUCCUGUAACUUCUCAUUUGUUUUGCCCCUUGUCUGGCAUAUGAAAAAAGAAAAAAAAACAAGCUUAUUUUGUGGUCCAUGUGAUGUUUUAAGUGUUUGCUUCCAGUUGGUGUUUCAGACAAUAUGAAGGGAGGACUUCAAAAUGCCGAAGAUCCUUUUUUCUGCUCAAAUGUUCUUGUUAUAGUGCUUGCUUUUUCUCCAAGAAGGAUUUAUGGUGUAUGCUCAGAUGGAACUGAAAUAUAGAUCGUGUGUUCUAAUGUACUUGUUACCCUGGUAUGUUCAUACUUAGAAGAAAACAUAAUGUCAACUGUUAAUUAAAGAUAAUAUAUUAUUUUCUAA